AUGAACAAACGUUCCUCUGAAAGGACAUUGAUAUUAGAAGAAGAACCUGAAUCGCUGUUCUGGGAUAGUCAAGUGUAUCGCAAAUUGGAUUUUAAGAAUUUAAAGAAAAAAUCGUUCCGUUACUACGACGAUACCAGUUUUUUAAAAUACAUAUUUUUUCACUGGGUUAACAAAUGGGCAUUUGUGCUAUCAAAAAAAUAUGUUGAACCGUACAAAUAUCACCCUUUGCCAUACUCCGAUCAAAUAUUCAAGUGGUAUCCUACAUUUUCUAAACAUGUUAGUGAUGGAAUAGUUAGGUUAGAUUGUUAUCACUAUGCCAAAUCCCAAUCCAAAGAUACAAAGGCUAAGAAACCAUACAAAUCAAUUUUACUGAGAGCAUUGGUUCUAACGGUUUGGAAAAGGACUUUGUUUCUGAUCCUUGGUUUGAUAGUAGUUAACGUUUUGAGUAUGAGUACGGCUGUUUUAGUUAAAAAAAUUCUUAUGGUCUUAAAUGAUAAAUCAUUUAACUUUAUCAAAACAACAAUGUUAUUAUUAUCAAUAGUCGUUUUCCAAAUCAUUGAUGGGUUACUCAUUGAAAAUGUAAAUUUUCAUAUAUGGAGACUAGUUAGUAUAUCGCACUACUUGUUUGCCAUAAACCCUUUUCACCAGGGGAUGUGUAAUCGGAGGAAGUUUGCAAAUAACAUAGAAGGCAUCAACUCCUUGAAUGUGUGCAACGAGGUUCUCCAUAGUUGCUCACCAGAUUCUCAAUGUUCUAAAAAUCCAUUAUUCUGUCAGGCAUUACGUUAUCAAAACAAGGAAAUAAACUCACAAAUGUUCUCAUUUACAACGGUUGAUUCUUACAACAUUUCUUUUGUAUUUUUUCCGAUUAAACAAAUUAUGGAAUUUUUAUCUAAUUUUUGUUAUGGAAUAUAUUUACUUUCAUUGCAGGUUAAAGUUAACAUAUGGCUUCUAUAUUUCGUAGGCAUUUUUUUCAUAUUUUUGAUGAUUGUAAUUGAAAUUAUAAGUGUUUUUGUUUUUAGAAUUUUACUUCAUCUGAGAGAUUAUAGGUUAAGCAAAUCAGAAUAUAUAAUCAAUUCACUAUCUCUUAUAACAACAAUGUUACAUGAUGACAUAGCAAUUAAUAUCAUUACCCAAAGCAGAAAUAAUGAACUCUAUAUGGUCUAUUUUGAUAUGUUUUUAACCAUUUUCAAUUAUGGAUUAUUCAUCAUAUGCGUUAAUGGAUCAUUUUACAUCAUAAAACAAUAUUUUGUUGAAUCAGUAAAUAGUGCCAGUGUUAUUACUGAUAUAGAUACUGCAGGAUUUAUGGCAAUAUUUUAUAUAUUCCAAAGAAUUAUUAACUCUAUGGUUUUAAUUCCAAUGUCUAUCCAUUCAUUUCGGGUAUCAUACGUGUCAUUUAAAAGACUUGAAAAAUUUAUCAAAGACUGUUCUCCCAACUUCUAUAUUACUGGGAACCCAUACACUGGUUCCACUAAAACUGCCACUGUGAUAGCUGAUACCACUAACCAAAUACCUAACGAUGUCGUUGUUUAUUUCAAGGACGCAUCAUUCACAUGGGUCAACACACGCGACGACCUAUUAAACAAGAACUAUGACAUAUUUUUGAAAGACGUCAACUUUGUGUUGAAACGUGGUGAGAUGGCAGUUGUGACAGGCUCAAAAGGUGCUGGCAAAUCUAACUUUAUCAAAACAAUGCUUGGUGAGAUGACCCUAGUUGGUGGCUCAAUGGCUGUUGUACCAUUACACACAUCAAUGCCAAUAUUUUAUGCAUCACAAGACAUAUUCCUACAACAGGGUACAAUUAGAUCCAACAUUGUAUUUGGUUAUAAGUUUGAUGAACAACUGUACAACACUGUGUUGAAGGCUGUUGAACUAGAACUUGACAUAUCAACCUGGGAUAAGGGUGACCUCAGAGUAGUGUCAGAUAAUGCACAUUCACUCAGUGGAGGUCAGAGAGUGAGAGUGGAGUUGGCUCGUGCAAUAUAUGCUUAUUUGGUGUUCCAUAAAGUCAACAAGGAGUAUAAUAACAGCAAGUGUUCGUUCUUAAUGUGUUUGGAUGCCUCGUUCCAGUGCCUUGAUCCCUACGUAAUUAAGAUCAUGUUCAAUAACCUGUUUAACGUUAAAACUGGAUUAUUAGUUAAGGAUGACCUGUCAGUUGUUUUAACCGCAUCUAAACAAAGUCUUGAAAUAUGUUCAAAAACGUUAGACCAAAACCAUAUACCUAAUCCUCCAAUUUACAAAAUAAAAAAUCAGACAUUGCAAUUCCAUUCCAAUCUUCAUGACUUUGUGAACAACAAUAAAGUAGAUACUGAAGAUUACAUGUAUUUAUCGGCUAGAAGCAGCGGCCCUUAUAACAUGAGUUAUUUAAGCAAUGAUAUGUUGAGAUUAUGUUCAUCUGAUGCCACAUCGAGGCUAGGUAGAAUGGAAAUGACCAGGUCCAAAUAUAGCAAGUCGUUUAAGUCAUAUGCUAAGGAUGAAUUGGCGGGUAGUAAAUAUAAUCCAUAUUUUGUUUAUAUUAAACCAGCAAUACCAUUAUUCGUUCUGUACAUGAUAUUAACUGUGGUAAUGACAAUCAUGGAUAAUGUAAAACUUGUUUUGUCAACCAACUUAUCUGACUACAUAACCAAGAAUAUUAACCAAUAUAAAAAAGGACAAUUUGUUGAUUUGUCUGAAAUUAAGACUCGUAGUAACCUCUCAUUUAAAAUAACAAUUAUAUUUGUUUCAGUCAUAAUUGUCUUGUCAAUAUUUUCAUCCAAACUUCUUGCUUUAUCUUGUUUCACUUCAUCUCUUAAAAUUCACGAAUACUCUAUAAAUUCACUCUUUAAGAAUAGUUCUUCAGUAAUAAAGGUAAAGAAAGAAAUCAGCCGAGUAAUAACGUUUCUGUCUUGCGAUGUUUUUAUUUUUGACAGUUCAACAGCUGCAUUUUUAUCAGGACUUUUAUAUUUAUUAGUUCAGCUUUUGGCCAAUAUAAUUACUCUUCUUUUAUUGAUUCCGAUAUCAAUACCUUUUGUUCUUCUAAUUAUAAUUAUAUCAUUAAAAAAUAUUUUAUUAAAGAUUACAAAAUCAUCAAAAAACUCACAUUAUGGAUAUUUGGAGGCGCUUGUGCACUUAAAUUGCUCCAGUGAAAAUGCCAUUAUAGGAUCAUCAAUAUUCAGGACCUUUAUCAAACAACCUGAACUGGUUGAUACUUUCAUUGAAAAUAGGGACUAUGCUGCAAGGUGUAAAUUUUAUUCAAGAUUUGCAAUAGUAUGGUCGACAAUAACAUUCAACUGGGUCUUUUCGUUAACAACAUUAUUGACACUUAUCGCAUUAAUUGCAUUAGAUAAAUAUACUAAAUAUAAGUUGAAAGUUGGCUAUUUCGGUUUGGCUUUAUCCUUUUCUAUGAGUAUUAUUAAAUUGUACAGCAAAUUUUCAAUAUUAUAUACAGCAUUAGAAAUGUUUACAUGUUCAGUUGUACGUUUUAGGUAUUUUAUUCCUCCCGAUCGAAAGCUCAAAUUCAAUAAAUGUGUUAAUAUCCAUCAAGAAUAUUUGAUCAAUCCUAAUAAAAAAGCUAAAUUAGACAAAAACAAAUUGUUAAAACGACGGUUAAUUGAGUUCAAGACUGAGAACAAAAAAUAUUACUGGUUGAGGCGACUCUUCUACCAUCCCACAAUAACCAUAUUCGACGUCUAUAAUUACAUAACAACUAAUCAUACUGGUGUAGAACUAAAUGAUAUCUGUGUGUACACCACACCUGACCUUGAUCCAGAAAGUAUGAUUCUAACACACCUCACAGUGUCAGCUCAUAGAUCAGAGAUUAUUGGUAUUAUUGGUAGAACAGGCGCCGGUAAAACAACUCUGUUGUCAGUGUUACAGAACAUAAUUGAAAACAGAACAGGCCAAGUAAUGUUGGAUGGUAAAGACCUGAAUGAUAUCCCCAAGGUUGUCCUUCGACAAAUCAUAGGUGUGUUGCCACAACUGCCUUUUGUAUUUAAGGGUUGGACUGUGCGUAGAUUUUUAGAUCCUAGAAGAUUGUUCAGUGACGCCGAUAUAAACGACGCCUUAAAUAAGUGUGGUCUAUUGAACUUCGUUAAUGGACUUCCUGGCGGAAUGAAACUCGACACUGUUCUAGUACAGGAGGAUGUUAGUUCAAUUUACGAACAAUGUGACAAUAAAGCCAAUGAAGAGAAAAUAAAUACAGAAUCCAAUAAGCUUGGUUUUAUAAGCGAUAUGAUAAUAUCCAAUAGUCAGAUAAGAACACUUAACCUGGCAAGAUUAGUCCUGUACAAAGAUUUUUAUAGAAUGAUUGUUGUAGACGAACCUCCACAAGAAGACUUGGCUGAAGAGAAGCGUGCUAAAUCGGACGAUCAAGGAAUUGAAAUUUAUAAUCUGCUACGCAAAUACUUUGGUCACUGUACGACGUUCGUCACUGCACACGAUGUUAAAGUCUUGAAAACUUGUACCUCGGUAUGGGUGAUACACGAAGGUUCACUAGUUAAAACUUGUAAAGCCAGUGAUAUCGCAGCAAAUGAGUCUAUCGCAUCAAUUAUUGAAGAAUGUGUAAAAUAUUCAUAA